AUGAGGCAUUUACUAGUACUACUGCUUAUAAAAUUCUAUGUCUUCGAUUUAAACAAUUGUACUGGUGGGACGGUUAAGAAUGGUGAUCAUAAAUUGCCGACAGUGGGAAUAUCUGUGUUAGUGCGGAAUAAAGCUCACACUUUACCCUAUUUUCUCACUAGUUUAUAUAAUUUGGAAUAUCCUAAAGACCGCUUGUACUUAUGGUUUUAUAGUGACUUUAAUGAAGACAAUAGUAUAGAAAUAAUUGAGAAAUGGGUUGAAAAAACAUUCGUUGGAGUACAAAAGAUUAUAUGUAAUUACAAACUCUAG